AGAUUUUGUAAUUCAAAAAAUAUUUUAGUAAAAAAUAUUUGAUGUAUAUUUUUAAAUUUAUAAAUAUAAACUUUUUGAAAGCAAUGUAGUAGCAAAAUUGAAAUUAAAUCAAUAGAAGAUGGAUGAUAAGCAUUCUUUAAUUGCAAAUAUUGAAAUUUCAGAAGAUGAAGAAGUUGAACACGAGUUAUCUAAAAAACGGGUUCAUUUUGUAUAUCCUAAAUUUAAAUCAAAUGAAGAUAAUCUACCUUCUGCACAACUAACAAAUGAUGAUGGUGUGAACUCAGUUAUUGAAAGUACAUAUCAGCCAGAAAUUGAUAUUUUAACUGGUGAAAUGCCUACAAAUAUACCUUCAUCUUACAAAACUGUUGCUUGGCUGUCAUGUCUGUUUGGCUGCAUUCCAUUUUCUAUUGCUGCUGUUUUGAAAUCAAGGAAGGUUUCAAAACUUAUUGCAAAAGGAGACUUAAAGAAUGCUAAAGUUCAAUCAGAAGUGACAGUAAAAUUAGCUUCACUGGCUAUCAUUUUUGGAAUCAUAUUGAUUGUGUUUUUUAUUAUCGUAUACUUGCUGAGGAAGUACUUUUAAUUUUAUGGUGUUUUUCAGAUUUUAUGUCUUUGUAAUAUUUCAAUGUAUAGAGAUUUUAUACAUUUGUGAUAUUUUAAUGAGAUUUUACUAUAGUUUAGUUAUAGUGGUUGUUAUAAAAUGGUUAUUAUAAAAUUAUUAGCUAUGAAUUUGUUUGAAUUAUUUAAUUCUUUUAUUUUUUGAAUUUUUUUUUUUUGAUAGUUUUCUGUGUACG